GUUCACGGUGGAGAGAUGCUGAUUGCACCCAGGUGAGCAGCGCGGCCCCAGGGCUAGUGGCGACUCUCCCUGUGAGUCCUCCGCAUCAGCGCGGCCGGCGCCGGCUCCUUGGAUGAGCCCUCCAGUUCCCAGACUUUGAGAGGCAUCUCUCCCCCGCCCGACCGUCCAGAUGCAGUUUCGCCUUUUCUCCUUUGCCCUCAUCAUUCUGAAUUGUAUGGAUUAUAGCCACUGCCAAGGCAACCGAUGGAGACGCAGUAAGCGAGCUAGCUAUGUAUCAAAUCCCAUUUGCAAGGGUUGUUUGUCUUGUUCAAAGGACAAUGGGUGCAGCCGAUGUCAACAGAAGUUGUUCUUCUUCCUUCGAAGAGAAGGGAUGCGCCAGUAUGGAGAGUGCCUGCAUUCCUGCCCAUCGGGGUACUAUGGACACCGGGCCCCAGAUAUGAACAGAUGUGCAAGAUGCAGAAUAGAAAACUGUGAUUCUUGCUUUAGCAAAGACUUUUGUACCAAGUGCAAAGUAGGCUUUUAUUUGCAUAGAGGCCGUUGCUUUGAUGAAUGUCCAGAUGGUUUUGCACCAUUAGACGAAACCAUGGAAUGUGUGGAAGGAUGUGAAGUUGGUCAUUGGAGCGAAUGGGGAACUUGUAGCAGAAAUAAUCGCACAUGUGGAUUUAAAUGGGGUCUGGAAACCAGAACACGACAAAUUGUAAAAAAGCCAGCAAAAGACACAAUACCAUGUCCAACCAUUGCUGAAUCCAGGAGAUGUAAGAUGGCCUUGAGGCAUUGUCCAGGAGGGAAGAGAACACCCAAGGCAAAGGAGAAAAGGAACAAGAAGAAGAAGAGGAAGCUGAUAGAAAGAGCCCAGGAGCAACACAGCGUCUUCCUAGCUACAGACAGAGCUAACCAGUAAAAGGAAAGAGAUAUAUGGUGGAUUCUGGGGGAUUUUUGCAAAAGUGCACAAAGCUACUCUCUACUCCUGCACACUGGCGUGCAGCAUUUUUGCUGCUCUGACCAGUAUCCAUUUCCAGUAAUAUUGUGAAAGGAAGAGCCACACGCACAGCCUCUGUGCUAUUUAUGCUUUGAUUCAAAUCUGGAGACCGUGAAGGCGGGAGUAAGUGUGCAGCCCAUGACUUGGUUCAGUGUGGGCUGUGAGAAUCUGUCCCUGACACCACAGACACACCAGAGGUGUAAGCUGCAGACCACCACCAGAGAACGGACUUGUGCCUAUUUAUGUGAAAGAGGAUGCUCGGCAGGCAAAGCGCUAUUCACUUGUGACCUUUAUUUCUCACAUUGUGCAUUUUCAAGGAUAAAUGUCUACGUGGAUAUCUGCUUAGUGUUACCACAUGGUGUUCUCAGCAUCUGUUACCUUCAAACUGUCAUGCGAUGAAACUGCUUUUUAGCUGGGGAUAUGCCACGGAAUUUCUGCUCAGUUUCACAGCAGCUGUAAUGUACAUAUUCUGCUGGAGCUACAUAUAAAGCUCUUAUUUACUGUAUAUUUAUGCUUUCUUGUGAGUAACAAGUCAUACCUGAUUAAUAUGUAACUUUGUUUCUAGUGGUUCGUAACCAUUGUCCAGUACCUUGAGUGUUCUAGUUUUGUGAACUGACAAGCGUUUUGUUGCCUCUUGAAAAUUUUUUUUUUUUGGUGACUUUAUUUCUCAUUGUAAGAAUAGGAUAAAUUAGUUUGUAUAUACAGUCAAAUGACCAGUGUCAAAGAGUUUGAAUAUUGAAAGACCUUCCCCACUCCAUGUGUCCCCCACAUACAGGCAGCACGUGACAUCUGGCAAUCAGAGCCCAAACGCUCUCUGAAGCUAAGAUGUGAUGACUUAUAGAACACAACGGAAAACAUGAGGAAUUACAAGCAGCCACUUGUAGUUCUCAUCAGGCAAUUUCUCAGGCCAGCUAGACAGUUUUUCAAACUUAUUUCUGACUUUUUUCUUCUUUUUUCAAUUUGAAGCAUUUCCUGAUUUUCAAUUCCAAUAUUCUUGAGUCACUGAAGAAGUUACCAUCAUGAGCCCAUGCAUAGAAUUUGAAUUCCUACAACUGAUGGGCAGAUCUUAACAGAUCUCUGUUGAGCCAGAAUCUAUUUCAUAUCCAAGACAGAGAAGAACCCUAUAGAAACUUCCCAGGUGACUUUCAGAGCAGUUUUUUAACAAACAUCAUUAUUCACUUUGGGGAAGUGGUUCUUACAGGGUUGUGAAUUGGCUUUUUUUUUUCUAAAAGUAUCAUCAUGUUCCUGGCUGAUCCAGGGAAAAAUUAGAACAAAAAAUAAAUGGUUGCAGAAUUUUGAGGAAACAACCAAAGCAAGGUAAAGCCUUUUUCUUACCUUGCAUCAGCAAAGCUACCUCUUCAGCAUUUUUGUUUAACUUUUGAGUCAAAAGCAUCUUACCAAUAAGUAUAAGUGGUCAUAUACAUCAUUACGAAAAUAUUAUUGCUAUGAGCUAAUAAGCCAUAUAUGAAUGUUGUAUACAACUUUAGGGUUUGCAUUUAAUCCUAAAGUGUUCACUUUCUUUCAUGUCUAUUUACACUAUAUUCCUAUUUACUAAGUGGGGAGGGCUCUCCUUUAUAUAGUGCUUCAUCAUUAAUAAGUCAAUACCUGUUGUUUCUGGGAUGUUCUUUUUGUGCAUUAAAAAACUUCAAAAUUA